AUUGCAUAGUCAGUAUGUUGAUAAAACUUCGAAAAUCAAUCGAUAAAUCGGUUCCAAGUAAGGAAGUCUUAACAGUUUUUGGAAAAAGGAAGUGGUCAAUAUACAUAAAACAAACAGACAGGAGAAGGGGUUACAAUACCUCAAAACAUGGGAUGCUGUGCUUCCGUAAAAGUCAGUCCUGUGGACAAUUCCGCAGAGACUCACAAAAUAAACAACGAAUUCGCUGACCGGUCCAGCAAAGGACGGUCUAAACCAGAAGAAAAAUUCUCGGAACAAAAUAUUGAACAGAAUGACAAAACCCAAAUUCAAACGGAAUCGCAAGAAGACGACGAGGAAACGCUAACUACAGAUGAGGUGAUUCCGCAUAAUUCUUCUAAUAUCUCAUCAGAUUUAGUGGCACAAACAGAAGAAGAUGACCUCCUCCAAACUUAUGACAGAGAUAGAACGGAUAGCUUUGAACAAGAUAAACAUCUUCAGCAUAGCAUCGAAAAGUCUCAAACUUCUAAUCAAAGUACUGAAAAUAGGUCUGGAAUACUGGAAAAUGAGACUACAACACAGAGAGAAGAAACCGGUGAAGAAAAUUUAAUCAGCAGUUAUGAAGACUUAAGAAAAAUUAAUCGAGACGAAGAAGUACUGUCUGAAACUGUAUCGGUGAAUAAAGAUGAAGGUAAUAAAACUCAAAAUGAAACACAAGAAGAUGACAAAGAAUCCUUGGCUAAUAAGGAGGUGAUUCCUAAUGAUUCGUCGAGUGCAACAUUGGAUUUGGUUUCAAAAACAGAAAAUGUCCCCAACACUGAAAUUAAAAAAAAUACUGAACAUGGUGAGGAAAAUAACGAAUCUUUCAAAGAGUUUUCGACUAAAGACCUAAAUAGUCCCGAUAUACUGGAGAAUGAAACUACAAAAGAACAAAAAGAACACAAAUUGGAAAAAAUUUCCAACACUUCCGACAAUUUCAGAGAAAGCAUGGAUGACGAAGUAUCCACCCAAAUUACUUUAGAAAUAAAGGAGGAUUUCACCGCAAUAGAUCAACAUGCACUUUCGGCGCCUGAAGAAGUUAAAACGUCUAUCGCUACGCUAGCAGACUAUUUGCUUAAACCAGCCAAUUCCGACUCGAAGAAAGCCCGCGUUAUCUUUAUUUGGAUAGCAGAUAACAUAAGAUAUAACACAGAGGGUUACUUUAGUGGCCAGUAUGGUGGAACUGAUGCUGAAUCUGUCCUUCUGUCGGGAACAUCUGUCUGUAGUGGAUACGCUAAUUUGUUCGAAGCAUUGUGCACGAUAGCUGGUCUGCCUGUGAAAGUUAUUUCUGGUUUUUCAAAAGGGUUUGGAUAUUCACCAGAAGAUAAAUUUACACCAAUGAAAAAAACAGAUCAUGCAUGGAACGCUGUUCGCAUUGACGGACAUUGGCGUUUUGUCGAGUGUACUUGGGGUGCUGGUUUUUUGGACAAAAACAACUCAUUUCAGAAAAAACUCGAACCGUUCUACUUUUUUACAGAACCAAAACACUUUAUUAAUGCCCAUUUUCCUUGGAAUCCUGAGGAAGAAGGAUUUUCCAACUCAUGGCAGCUACUUGAAAACCCAAUUUCUCUUGAGACCUACCACAAGGCAUUGAAAUUAGAACAUAGUGCAAUGAUGUGGAAUGUAUUUCCAUUGACGCACAAAGAGGGCAUCGUGCAGGCUCAUGAAGAAAUUGUUAUCGAAAUAGAAGACAAAAAUGAGUUUCUUUGCGGUACUACGUCUAAGAUAUAUGACAUGAAGACUGGACUGUCUUGCAAUGAAUUUAUUUUUUUGCGGCAGGAAAAAUCUGGAUUAUUUUCGAUUUCUAUUCGACCGCCUUCAAAUGGGAAGUAUGAAUUAAUUAUUUAUGGAAAAGUUGAUAGAACUGAGAACACUUAUCAAUCACUGAUGACUUAUCUCAUCAGAUUUUCAGAUGUUUCCAAAAAGUUUAGUCCAUACCCGGAAAACAAUGGGCAGAUGUGGGGAAUGGAUCUUGAAGCGUUCGACAAUGGAUUUUUAAAGAAAGAUAAUAAUCGAGUGCCUGUUAAAAUUAUAAGUGAAGAUGGGUUCGUCGAUAUGACAUUUGCAACAACACAAAACGUCCCCACGCUUGCAAAAAUUAUACCUGCCACUAAGAAGCUCCCUUGGAGUAAAGAGAAAUACUCUUUGGUGACAACCACACACACCAGCUUGAAUAUAAAAGCUUGUUUUCCGAAUAUGGAUUUAUACAAAUUAGAACUGAUGUGUAAAAGGGUGGAUGGGGAUGAUGAUCUGUAUCACGAUAUGGCGUGCUUUCUUAUCGAGUGCACAAAACCGGCAGAUCCUUGUCCAGGAUACCCUAAAGCGUAUCCUCGAGCCCAAACAUACGGCAGCAAACUGAUAGAACCUUUAUCAGCUCAGUUGCCUGCUAAUACAACGGUUACCUGUCGGUUUCAGUCUCCACUUGUCGUGAAGGCAAUGGUUGCUAAAAUAAGCAUGACCCAAAAUAAAGAUGAAUGGUCAGGUACUGUAACAACACCUAGCUGCGGUGCCGCAUUUUACAUUUCUGGAAAUAUAGAUGGUGGAAAUUCCUACUCCAGACUAUAUGACACCGAAGCAUUCUUUAGUGGUCACUAUGGUAGCAUGGAUGCUAAAUCUGUUCUUAAAGCGGGAAAAGCUGUCUGCAGUGGAUACGCUAAUCUAUUUGAAGCAUUAUGCACAAUAGCUGGUCUUCCUGUGAAAGUUAUUGCUGGUUUUUCCAAAGGAUAUAGUUAUUCAGCAGAAAAUCCUUUUACACCAUUGACAAAGACAGAUCAUGCAUGGAACGUGGUACGAGUGGACGGACAAUGGCAGUUCGUUGAAUGUACCUGGGGUGCUGGAUAUGUGGACAAAAACAGAAAAUUUCAGAAAAGCCUAAAUACCUUUUAUUUUUUCACUGACCCAAAACUCUUUAUAACUGAUCAUUUCCCAUGGCAGCCCAAUGAGGGAAGUGUGUCCAAAACAUGGCAACUUCUUGGUAAUCCAAUUUCAUUAGAGACAUACAACAAAGCACUAAAACUUGAUUACAGCGCAAUGAUGUGGAAUGUUUUUCCACUGACCCACAAAGAGAGCAUUGUUGAGGCUCGCGAUGAAGUUGAAAUAAUAAUCGGAGAUAAAGAUGGACUUCUUUGCGUCAUAACCUCAGAUUUUUAUGAUAUGAAUACCGGUAUGCCUUGUGAUAACUUCACUUUCCUUCGACAAGAGAAAUCGAAAGAAUUUUCUAUUUCUAUUCUACCCCCAUCUAAUGGAAAAUAUAAUUUAACUAUUUUUGGUGAAAUUAAUAAGACUGAGAAAACUUAUCAAUCAUUGAUGACUUAUGUCAUUAAGUUUUCAAAUGUUUCCAAAGAGUACAAUCCAUAUCCACAAAACAAUGGGCAAACGUGGGGAAUAAAUCUCGAGGCGUUUGACAAUGGAUUUUCAAAGACGGAAAAGAAUCGUCUACCGGUGAAAAUCAGAAGUAAAGAUGGGCACUUGGACAAAACAUUUGUCACAAAUCGGAAUAUCCCCACUCUUGCGAAAAUUAUACCUGCAACUAAAAAGCUCUCUUGGAAUUAUGAAAAGUAUUGUUUGGUAUCGGCCACACACACCAGCUUGAAUAUAAAAGCUUGUUUUCCUGUUACGGAUUUUUACAAAUUAGAACUGAUGUGUCAAAGGGUGGAUGGGGAUGAUGAUCUGUAUCACAAUAUGGCUUGCUUUCUUAUCGAGUGCACAAAACCGGCAGAUCCUUGUCCAGGAUACCCUAAAGUGUACCCCCAGGCCCAAACAUACGGCUACAAAUUGAUAGAACCUCUAUCAGCUCAGUUGCCUGCUAAUACAACGGUUACCUGUCGGUUUCAGUCUCCACUCAUCGUGAAAGCCAUGGCGUCUGAUACAAAAAUGACACGUGAUGGAGAUGAAUGGUCAUGUACUGUAACAACACCAAGUUCUGGCACAAGAUUCGACAUUUCUGGAAAUACAGAUGGCACACAUACUUUCUGGACACUUUUUCAAUACGACGUAAUAUAAAGCCCAAUGUGCAGGAAAUGUGUACGCUUUAUUAUCUAUUUACUUGUAUCGGUAUAUUCAUUGAGAUGAUGCAUGUUGAUUACGUUUUUGCAUUUGAAAAAUUAAGGGAUUUUUUCUUUAGAAAAGCAGCUCUAUAUGAGCACAUAUAUAUUUGCAAGUCCAGUCUAGCAUUUAGCCGUUUAGUAUCCAUUUAUCUUCUGAAUAAAACAUUGUUUAACCCUUUUACGUUCGUACCUGUCUUUGAACGGUAACGAAUAACUGCAUCUCAUAGGUGACGGAUUUUAAGAAUAAUAUGAAGAAAGAUUUACAAAUUCCAAUGUCUUUGUCAGAGAUGAAACCACGAAUCGGUUUUCUAAUGUAAGGUCCAAAUACAUUUCAUCAAUGACUAUUUUGAUAUAAUUAUUAUUUACAUGUAUUUAAUAUUUAUUCGCACAAUUGCUGAAAAUUAUGUUAAAAUAAGUAAGAAGAAAUCCUUCUUUGAAUAUUAGGAGGUGAUCAAAUUUAUCAUAAAGCACUUCGAGCCUUAAUAGGUUUGAUCUUGAUCACCACAUAAUGCUCAAAGAAUGAUUCUUUAUCCCUUAAAAGAAGCAAAAUGUAUAUGAUGAACAGAAGCUUGGCAUAUUUUAAACAUAUAAAUAUUUUAAAAUAAGUGUGCGUAAAAGAUUUCGAAUUUUCCAAAUUAUUUUCCGAAUCAUUCUCCUCCCCUGGAAAGAGGUGAAACGUCCCGAAUGGGAAGGAAUAAGACUUGUUUUCGACAUGUUGCCUGUUCUGUAAGGUUAUGACACAAUGAUGGAUAUUCAAAGUCAGGGAUGACAGAUGAUAUUUAAUAAAUACACAGGCACUGGCAUAUCAUGAAGUAAAUGCGCCUAUUCAUCUUUUUCAUAGACAAACAAAAUAUGUUAAUUCGAUCGAUAGAAGAAGUGAAGAAAAGGAGGGCCGGAUGGUCGUAGCGACUUUAAGACCACGUUAAUCCCCUUACUUAAUAUCCUUAAGAUGAGGAGCUAUGUUUAAAUAUUUAAAAUCUGAUGAAAUUUUAAACAUGAAAUAUUACAUGCAGCCAAAAAUCAUUGAAAUUUUACGGUAAAUACAUGUAUGUGCAUUACAUUUUAUUUUUAAAAUCUUCAAUGUAUUUUACAUAAUUAUGUGAAAUGCAUAACUUUAUAUCAUAUAUUUAAACUUAUUUAAAUCUCAUUAGCCAGUUGACCUCCAAAAAAUAAAUUUGAAAUAAUAGCAUUAAAGAAUUUGAACAUUAUUGUCAAACAUUGCGUAUCUAACAACGUGCUCACCACGUGGUCUUUUCUUGGAACUAGGCACAGGCUCUUGACGCUAUAAAUUUUUCUCAUAAUAAAAAUAAAUACCCUUGUCGUAAAAACACUGCUAAAAACCAACUACUCAGUAUAUAACAAGCGAUUUGAUAAACCUGC